GUUUUCUUUGGUAAUGUGGAUUCAUCUGGGAUAAAACACAAUAUUUUUAAUCCUCCAAUUAUUGCUCAGUACAUCCGUUUGCACCCAACUCAUUAUAGCAUCCGCAGCACUCUUCGUAUGGAGUUGAUAGGCUGUGAUUUAAACAGUUGCAGCAUACCAUUGGGAAUGGAGAAUAAACUAAUAUCAGAUGCACAGAUUACUGCCUCAUCCUACUUUACCAAUAUGUUUGCCACUUGGUCUCCUUCACAAGCCCGGCUUCACCUUCAGGGAAGGACUAAUGCUUGGAGACCUCAGGUAAAUAAUCCAAAAGAGUGGCUGCAAGUGGACUUCCAGAAGACAAUGAAAAUCACAGGAAUAAUCACACAAGGAGUGAAAUCUCUUCUUACCAGCAUGUUUGUGAAGGAGUUCCUUAUUUCCAGCAGUCAAGAUGGCCAUCACUGGACUCUCUUUUUACAGAAUGGCAAAGUAAAGGUUUUUCAGGGAAAUCAAGACUCCUUCACACCUGUGGUGAACUCUCUAGACCCACCAUUACUGACUCGCUACCUUAGAAUUCACCCCCAGAGCUGGACACACCAGAUUGCCCUGAGGUUGGAGGUUCUGGGAUGUGAGGCCCAGCAGGUCUACUGAGGUGCUCAUGACAGUCCCUGUUGGUCCCCUCUCUUCCCUUGUUAGCUCCAGGACAAUUCAUAACUUAAGGCCAAUAACCCUCUCAGGCUUCUGGGUUAUAUACUACCCUACACUGUCUAUGGUUCCAUUAUUUUUCUAUGAAUUUAAACUAUACAGUCCUACUAGAUACUGCCCUGAAGCCAUUUAUAUGAAGACAUGUAAGUGACAAAUAACUCGGAAAACCCUAGAAAGCUGAAUCCAAGACUAAGAAAUAACUAGAUUUACACUAUAGAAUCCUCAAAAAGGUUGUGGGGAAAGCAGUCUGUGACUUUGAGUAAUUCUUGAAAUCAAGGUAAAUGUUAAUGUUAAACCUAAAAAAAACUAUUUGAGAAACUGUCUGGAUUGUUUGAGAAGUAGUUUAAUCCUACUCAGCACUACCAGAAGCCUGGAGUUUGAUCUUUUGGGGAAGGAUCAAUGAACUGGAAGAUACCAGACAUGACUCAGAGGUCCCAGAAGGUUACAGAGCCUGCUCUCACCCCUGGAAGAUCAUGGCCAAGUACCAAGUUGGGACAGGUUACGAAGUCUGAAUCCCUUAUCUCAAGGAAGGUCAGGUCUGAGGUACAAAUUAUGUACCAGUGAACUCCAUGAAAUCAAGCUAAAGCUGCAUAUCAUCUGAAAUCAAAAUUUUGUGUAGUUCUUUCCUUUGUCCUUCCUGCAUUCUCUUACAGUUUUCCUCUGAGCACAUGCCUUCAAUAAAUACAUGCACUGGAAUCUUCAUCUCAGAAUCUGCUUCUAGUCACCCCAAAUUUAAAACAGUCAGUUAUCCAGUUCUGAGCACUCAUGUUGGUAUUUUAAUUGGAUUUUUAUUGAAUUCACUGAUUAAUAUAAGGAAUGUUGAAAUCUUUAUAAUAGAGUCAUUCCCUUGAAAACCAGAUUGGUAGGCAGCCUCUAAAAUGAUCCCAAUGAUUUCUGAUUUCUGGUAUUCAUAUUGUGCUAUUUCCUGCCUACUACUGUCAGCUGGACCUGGUAACUCACUUCUAAUCAAUAGAAAAACUGAUGGAAUGCUCUUUCUGAGACUAGGUUACAAAAGACUGUGACUUCCUUUUUGCUCAGCUUCUUGUAAUCUCUCACAUGGAGUCCUCAAUCUUGGGUAAACCAGUGUCAUGUUGUCACCAAUACUAUGGAAAUGCCCACAUGGCAAGAAAAUGAUGUCUUCAGCCAAAAGCUAGUGAGGAUAUGAGGUCUGAUUACAGACUCAUGAGUGAGCUUGGAAAGAUAUUUCCUCAAAUUGAGCACUGACAUAACUUGAUUGAAGCCGUUUGGGAUAUUCCUGAUCCAACUAAACUGUGAGACAGUGCUUGCUGUUUUAAGAUAUUAAGGUAUGGGUGAAUUUUUAAUGUUGCAAUAGGUUGAUAUUGGUACCUGGAAAUGAGGUGUUUCCAAAAAAUAACUACAAACAUGAGAGUUCCUUUGAAACCUGGAAGUAGGUGGAGUACAAUAACAGACUGUUAUUAAAAAUCUGGCUGGGUGCAGUGGCACACGCCUGUAAUCCCAGCA